AUUUAUUCAUUUAUUUAAUAAAAUACUCAUAUAUGCAUGCAUUCAUUUUCUCCGUCAUAAGCUGUACGAAAUGUGCGCCAGUGAUUUAAUACUUUUACCCGCAUUUGGCUGUAUCUUAGCAACAAAGAAGAACAUGUCAACAAUAUUUUCUGCUUGCGGCCAACAUACGAGUCUACAGUAUGUCUGUAAAGGGGGCAACAGUGUUGUCACAGACAAAGGCAAAGACCCAAUCGAAGGAUGCUCGAAAGAACCAUGACCUGUCACAGAAAAAGCUGCUUUCUGUUGAGGCUCAGCGCAUCUCAAGCAUUUUGGAAAACUGCAUCAGUCAAAUUGAGAUUGUGGCAGCUCUGCCCACUACCCUCCGCUUAAACAGUGUGUCUAGUGUUGUGGACGAGGACUUGAGUAGGGCACUUCAAGGGCAUCGAUUAUUAGGUGAAAGAUUGGAGACACUGGAAGGUCUCAAGCAGGAGUCAGAGGGAGAAGUUGGAGAAGCAAGGAAGAGAGCAAGGUCUCGGCUUGAGAAGGACAUCAAGAACUCUGUCAGGGAUCUGCUCAGGCUUUUCCGAGCGCAUCCAGAUGCCAUUUUUGGUUUGAAGGCAGAGCUAGGUACGGAAGUAGGGGAGAGUGAGUACAAACUAAUUAGAGGGCUUAAGAUGUUUCACAGCCAUAUGGUAGAAAGGUUGCUGACCAGUCUGGAUGAGGAAGUACAGCUGGUCCUCUACAAGCCGGUGUCUUCAUCCCCUGCCCGUGAUCAGGAGCAAAUGUUUCUACUGGAAGAAGAAGUAGCUACAGCCAAGAAGCAAAUAGAUGCAGAGAUUUCUCUGAAAAAAAUUGAGAUCAAAAAUUUGCAGCAAUCUCUGCAAGGGAACAACACACAAGAAGCGGGCAUGUCACUACCAGCAGACAAGCAGUGCCGGCCACAUAUCAAACCAUCGAAGAAACAGACCAGUAUGCAACAGGAAAUUGAGCAACUGAAGAUGCAGCUCAACAAAUUCAUCCUUGAGAAUAGACAGGCAGAGAGAGUACUCCAAGAGAAAAACGAAAAAGUGGAGACAGAGAUUGAAUACUUGCUCCAAAAGUUUGACAAUGAAAUGGAAGAAAACCAGGCCAACCUGGAGCUGAAUAAAAUAGAUGAUGAAAGGGAGGAGGAGGAGCUGAGGAGCCUCGAGAAACCCUUUUCUGUCCUAGAGGUGGAGUGUAACCAGAUCCAGGAGCGGCAUCGACUGGCAGAGGAGAAGAGAGAGAAGGAGAUAAAGGAGCUGGAAUUGAAGACCAAAGCUGCUAUUUUCGCCCAAGCCUGGUGGAGAGGCUACAGUACUCGCAAGGCCUUAAAGAACAAGGGCAAAAGCAAGAAGGCCAAAAAAGGUAAAGGCAAGAAGAAAUAAACCACAGUGACUAGUUUCAUCGCACUGAUGAUACACCAACACACACUCUACCUGUAGAACAUGAAUGUUUUUUAGAUGUUUUAAUUUUUUAAAAAGCCUGUUGAGCAAAUACCAUUA